AGAACGAAACUUUCCUUUCACGCUACACACCCAAAUACGAUACGCAACCUAGUCGUAUUUGGUCCGUCGUCAGUAGGCUUUCUGCGGGUCAAAUCAUACCAAAUCUGAAUCGAAUUUCUCCUCGCAGCUAUCGCCAGCACCACCGCGAGCAAAAUCAAUGGCAAAUACACAAAGCAUGCCGCUGAUCUCGAUACUGGUAGCUCUCUUCUUGGUGUCAUCUUCGCUCGCUAGCACAGAUGUUCCCUUCAUCGUAGCCAACAAGAAGGCCACUCUCAAUAGGCUCAAAUCCGGAGCCGAACGCGUCUCUGUCUCCAUUGAUAUCUACAAUCAGGGAACUUCGACUGCUUAUGAUGUGAGUCUUGUUGAUGAUCACUGGCCUCAAGAUAUAUUUGAUAUCAUAAGUGGAAACACUUCACAGUCAUGGGAAAGACUUGAUGCUGGUGGUAUCCUGUCACACUCUUUUGAGUUGGAGGGUAAAGUGAAAGGACUGUUUUAUGGUUCCCCAGCAGUCAUUACUUUCCGUAUCCCGACUAAGUCAGCUCUACAGGAGGCAUAUUCAACUCCCAUACUGCCUCUAGAUGUCCUGGCUGAGAGACCUCCUGAAAAGAAGUUUGAGUGGGCUAAGAGGCUAUUGGCAAAAUAUGGAUCUGUAAUUUCUGUCAUCUCUAUCGUGGUUCUUUUUGUGUACCUGGUUGCCACCCCUUCCAAGUCCAGUGCAGCAAAAGCAAGCAAGAAGAGGCGUUAAUCAUUACAGCUGAGAAACUAAUCUAUCGCAAGCAAACCACUGGAUGCAUGAGUAUGUCUCAGUUGCUAGUUAAAUUUCCUUUUUCCUUUUUAUCUCCUAGAAUUGAGAACUGUCUUUUAUCGAAAACCUUCAUUUAUGCAGCAGUUAAAGAACAAAUUUUUGUUGCUUAGGGUGAAUUCCAAUCCAUGUCAUCUUUGGCAUUGCACAUUUAAAGAUCACUGACUGUUAACCAAUUUUGGAAUUCUAUUUUAGUUUGGCUUAGACGGUAUGAAAUGAAAUUCCACUUUGGAUUAUUAUUAUUAUA